UAUUUAUUUUGAUAAGUUUGGUCCUAAAUCCAUGAUAUUUAGUCGUUAAUUUUAAGAUUUUUAUCUGUUGCUAAGGGGGCAUUUUAAUAGUUUUAGUAACAAGAGGUUUGGGUUUCCGGUUUCUCUUGGAAAGAAUAAACAACAAAGAUGACGUCACGACCAGACCUUGGUAUGGAUAUGAUAACAAAAAAGCCAAGGACUCCACGGGAUCCUUACACAACUCUUACAGAAAUACAGAAGAAAAAUAUUCCCAAGGAUCCUGGAGCAUUUUUCAUGACAAGUCGGCCAGAGAGAUCUUACCCAGACAAGGGCUGGUACCGUGAUCGCUAUGCCACCAAUACAAACCAGCAUCUACUGCGAGGACCACCCACCACUCACCCAUUCUGCUGGAUAGAUACACAAUGGCAACGUGACCCACCUCAGGAAUACAACACAGCGAGAUUAGGUGGUGCUGAGAGAUGGGGACCUGACAAAGUCGGAUCAAGAACUGUUCAACAUUUCAACAAAGCAGAAGACUCAAAGAGAUUCACGAAACCGGAAGUGUACCGAAGACAUCCGACCAACCUACCCGGAGAUGUUUGGAUGGAUUACGGAAGACCUACAGAAGGCUAUUAUGCCCAACGGAAUCCAAAUUCACAGACAUGGUUCGGAUCUAGUGUUCCACUUAACAGAACAACGGUUUUGCAAGACAUACGUCCAAAAACACGUGCCGAGUAUGAACAACAGCGCGAAGCACGUGCUGCGGAAAUGUUAAAACGGCAAACUCAGUGGCCGGCUUAUAGCGAAUAUACCGACAGAACUCUCCUCAGAACCAGGGUUGAUCCACUCAUAAACACCCACGGAGAUAUGGUCAUGUGUUAACAACAAGGAAAAAGUACUUAGAAGAGGCAGCUCUCUUUGCUUAAAUUUCCCGUCAAUGUUCGCACCAUUUUACCGAUUCAGCAUUACCUGAUGACGUCACAAGUGUUAUGUCAUAAAAAAUUCUCUCACGGAAAUUUCGUGCAGAUUCUACAUUAUUUCAAAACUUCAGUGUUAUGUUUUAAAACUGUUGAAAAAGUACAAUUUGUAGUGAGGCAAAUUAUCUCCCUUUAACAAAUAGCGAUACUCACUGAAUCUUUUAAAAGUAAAUGAUAUUAUUAAUAAUUAAUUAGAGACAUGUAUAUUGUUGUCACGUGAUGCUGACCUCACAUGCGGAUAAAUUCUUGAUUUUUUAAACUAACCGGUGUAAUAAUUAGUUAGUUGUAGAAUAAUUCAUUAUUUAAAGAAGUAAAUACAUGUACAAAUGUACAUUAUUAUUAUCAUCAAAGAAUUACAAAAUAAUUAAUCAUUACAUUAUUCAGAAUAAAUUCUUAACUUAAAUUCGUAACCAUAACAAAAUAGCUCGUACAUAGAUCAAUAUAUAUAUAUCAAUUACAUAUCUUAUAUGAUUUACAUACUCUUAUACAAAAUAAAUAUACAUAAUCUAAAAUACAUAAAAUAUAAAAAAAUUAUUAUAUGUAUAACGUUAGAGUAUUGCGAUAUUUAUUUCUUUAUUAGCCAAAAUAUGUGCAUCAUAAAGUAUGAUGGUACUCAGAAAUAACCAGCAUUAAAUGAAAAAUUAAAUCAAAAGUUUGAAAACGAAGUUUUUGUGGUGUAUUAUAAUUGCUAUUUGUACAUUUUGUUUUUUGAAUACAGUCUUUUAUAAUGUU